AGAGGGUCCCCGGCGGGGCCCGGGUCGGGCAGGGGGCUUCUUUGCAUGAGCGGGGGUCUUCCCGAACCUGCCGGGACCAUGACCUGAACUGUGCCAGCGGGACGCGUCCGACACCGAGAGCCAGCCCACCUGAGCCGCCCCUGCCCCUGGCCACGAUGGCAUCUGAAGAAGCCUCCCUGAGGGCACUGGAAAGUCUGAUGACAGAGUUUUUCCACGACUGCACAACCAAUGAAAGAAAACGGGAGAUAGAGGAGCUUCUUAAUAACUUUGCCCAGCAAAUAGGAGCCUGGAGAUUCUGCCUGUAUUUUCUGUCCAGCACUAGGAAUGAUUAUGUAAUGAUGUACAGUUUAACGGUUUUUGAGAAUCUGAUCAAUAAAAUGUGGCUUGGGGUCCCAUCUCAGGAUAAGAUGGAAAUUCGUAGCUGCCUGCCUAAACUUCUUUUGGCUCACCACAAAACCUUACCUUACUUUAUCCGGAACAAGCUUUGCAAAGUGAUUGUUGAUAUUGGCCGUCAGGAUUGGCCAAUGUUCUACCAUGACUUUUUUACUAAUAUUUUACAGUUGAUCCAGUCCCCUGUGACAACCCCUCUCGGGCUGAUCAUGCUGAAGACAACUUCGGAAGAGCUGGCUUGUCCCCGGGAAGACCUCAGCGUGGCUCGGAAGGAAGAGCUGCGGAAGCUGUUGCUGGAGCAGGUGCAAACCGUGCUUGGGCUACUGACAGGUAUCUUGGAGACCGUCUGGGACAAACACAGUGUUACAGCCGCGACUCCGCCCCCAUCCCCGACUUCAGGAGAAAGUGGUGACUUACUGAGUAACCUGAUGCAGAGCCCUAGUUCAGCCAAACUGUUGAAUCAGCCAAUCCCCAUCCUUGACGUGGAGAGUGAGUAUGUGUGUUCUCUGGCCUUGGAGUGCCUGGCUCAUCUCUUCAGUUGGAUUCCUCUGUCUGCCAGCAUCACCCCAUCCCUCCUAACCACCAUCUUCCACUUUGCGCGUUUUGGCUGUGACAUCCGGGCGAGAAAGAUGGCAUCCGUUAACGGCAGCAGCCAGAACUGUGUCUUGGGUCCAGAGCGUGGCCGGCUUGGGGUUCUGGCCAUGUCCUGCAUCAAUGAACUCAUGUCCAAGAACUGUGUGCCUAUGGAGUUUGAGGAGUACUUACUGCGCAUGUUCCAGCAGACUUUCUACCUCCUGCAGAAAAUCACCAAGGAUAACAAUGCCCACACGGUGAAGGGCCGGCUAGAAGAACUUGACGAGAGCUACAUCGAGAAGUUCACCGACUUUCUCCGGCUCUUUGUGAGUGUUCACCUAAGAAGAAUCGAGUCCUACUCUGAGUUCCCUGUGGUGGAGUUUCUGACACUUUUGUUCAAGUACACAUUUCAUCAGCCUACUCAUGAAGGUUACUUCUCUUGCUUGGAUAUCUGGACACUCUUUUUGGACUAUCUGACAAGUAAAAUCAAAAGUCGUCUGGGAGACAAGGAAGCAGUUCUCAACAGGUACGAAGAUGCACUGGUCCUCUUGCUCACGGAGGUGUUGAAUAGAAUCCAGUUCAGAUACAACCAGGCCCAGUUGGAAGAGCUGGAUGAUGAGACCCUGGAUGAUGAUCAGCAGACCGAGUGGCAGCGGUACCUGCGCCAGAGCUUGGAGGUGGUGGCCAAAGUGAUGGAGCUGCUGCCCACUCACGCUUUCUCAACACUGUUCCCAGUUCUUCAGGACAAUUUAGAAGUUUAUCUGGGGUUACAGCAAUUUAUAGUUACUUCAGGGUCAGGACACAGGUUGAACAUCACAGCGGAGAAUGACUGUCGGCGACUGCACUGUUCCCUGAGGGAUUUGAGCUCCCUGCUGCAGGCCGUGGGCCGCUUGGCUGAGUACUUCAUUGGCGACGUGUUUGCAGCGAGGUUCAAUGAUGCCCACACUGUCGUGGAAAGGUUGUUCUGCUGUUUGCACUGGAACCUGGCUCAGAGAAGAGAACUCCCUUGCUUGAGGUCACACAGCUUCAGAGGGGCCGCACGUGGCCAGCUUGCUGAUUUCCAGUGCUUUUUCCGCACGUUGGUCAAAGUCACUCUGUAUGGAUCUCAGAUAAAACUGUACAACAUCGAGACGGCUGUGCCAUCAGUACUGAAACCAGACCUCAUUGAUGUGCACGCGCAGUCCCUGGCUGCGCUCCAGGCGUACUCUCACUGGCUAGCCCAGUACUACAAUGAAGUGCACCGACAGAACGCCCAGCAGUUCGUCUCACUGGUCUCUACCACCAUGGAUGCCCUCACCCCUCUCAUCAGCACGAAGGUCCAGAACAAGUUGCUGCUGUCUGCGUGCCACUUACUUGUCUCACUCGCCACCACAGUGCGGCCAGUCUUUCUGAUCAGCAUCCCUGCGGUACAGAAGGUGUUCAACAGAAUCACUGACGCCUCUGCUCAGCGGCUGGUUGACAAGGCUCAGGUGUUGGUGUGCCGGGCCCUCUCCAAUAUCCUGCUGCUUCCAUGGCCAAACCUUCCAGAGAACGAGCAGCAGUGGCCCGUGCGCUCCAUCAACCACGCCAGCCUCAUCUCCGCGCUCUCCCGAGACUAUCGCAACCUGAAACCCAGUGCUGUCGCUCCUCCCAGGAAAGUGUCACUGGAGGACACCAAAGCCAUCAUCCACCAGACACUGGGGGUCUUGGAAGAUAUCGUGGACAAUAUCUCUGGGGAAUCCACCAAGUCCCGGCAGAUCUGCUACCAGUCACUGCAGGAAUCCGUGCAGGUCUCCCUGGCCCUCUUUCCAGCUUUCAUCCAUCAGUCAGAUGUGACCGAUGAGAUGCUGAGCUUCUUCCUCACUCUGUUUCGAGGCCUUAGAGUACAGAUGGGCGUGCCUUUCACGGAACAGAUCAUACAGACUUUCCUCAAUAUGUUUACCAGAGAACAGCUGGCCGAGAGCAUCCUCCACGAAGGCAGCACAGGCUGCCGGGUGGUCGAGAAGUUCCUGAAGAUCCUGCAGGUGGUGGUCCAGGAGCCUGUCCAGGUGUUCAAGCCCUUCCUCCCCAGCAUCAUCUCCCUGUGCAUGGAGCAGGUGUACCCCAUCGUUGCGGAGCGCCCCUCCCCUGAUGUGAAGGCUGAGCUGUUUGAGCUCCUUUUCCGGACCCUCCAUCACAACUGGAGGUAUUUCUUCAAGUCCACCGUCUUGGCCAGUGUCCAGAGGGGGAUCGCCGAGGAGCAGAUGGAGAAUGAGCCCCAGUUCAGUGCCAUCAUGCAGGCUUUUGGGCAGUCGUUUCUCCAGCCCGACAUCCACCUGUUUAAACAGAACCUGUUCUACUUGGAGACCCUCAACGCCAAGCAGAAACUCUACCACAAGCAGCUCUUCCGGAGCACCAUGCUGUUCCAGUUUGUGAACGUGCUGCUCCAGGUGCUGGUCCGCAAGUCCCACGACCUCCUGCAGGAGGAGAUCGGCACCGCCCUGUACAACAUGGCCUCGGUCGACUUCGACGGCUUCUUUGCAGCCUUCCUCCCGGAGUUCCUGAGCAGCUGUGAUGGCGUGGACACCAACCAGAAAAAUGUGCUGGGACGGAAUUUCAAGAUGGAUCGGGACCUGCCCUCGUUCACCCAGAAUGUGCACAGGCUGGUCAAUGACCUGCGCUACUACAGACUCUGCAAUGACAGCCUGCCCCCCGGCACUGUGAAGCUCUAGCCUCGGCCCUGCACGCCUGCGCGGCCUGCUUACCUCCUGAGGGGCGCCACCUCCUGCCGCUGCCACCGCAGAAGUCUCCCAGACCAAGACCGGCCACUCCUUGGAUUCUCCCCCUCCUUCCACUCCUGGGGCACUGUUGUCUGCCCCUGUGUCCCCACCCUCCCCUCCCGCUGCCCACCCAGCUGACCUGGCUUCAGGGUGUAGCCUCGCCCUGGUUGGAGUUCUGGCUCCAGGGCACAGGGAGCAGGGGGAGCUGUGUGGCAGAUGCCAGGGAGGUGCUGGGAAAUUCCAAGAGGUGGUUCGCGUGGACCAUGUGGGGACGGUCACGAGACAAGAAUGCCCAGGACAGCUUUUGACAGUGGCACCUUCUCACCAUUCCACUGCUCGGGUCCACCCCAGCCCAGCUGGCCAAGGAGAGACUUGAGCUUGGAACUAUUUUGACGUUUCUGUCAAGUCCCCUCCCCCAAUUUGCCUUCAAGUCUCUGCUCUUUGUCAGAUAUUUGCAAAGACUCCUGUUUUGUCUUGUUUUCUCAUCAUUCCAUUGUGAUACUGAGAGAAGCUGAAUGAAAAAUAAAAUGCUUAUGUUGUUGUUACAUA